AUUAAAAGGUAAAUCUUUCCUUUUUAUUCAGCAAAGCAUGCCUUGCAGAAGGCUUAAAGUGAUGUGUGGAGUUAAAAACAUAACUACAAAAUUAGUUACUAGCUAUUAAAUUAGAUGUAGGACAAUGUUAUUUUGUCUAUAUCUAAACAUCUUGUGAUAUAGUCUAAAAAUUCAAUGCAUCAAGAAUCAAGAAUAUCGUAAAAAUACAGCCACCGAUUAACUUCCUCAGCCAGACACGAGUCGAUGUUGUUGCAGCCCAAAACGUCUCAUUCGGUCCUCCCAUUUUUUUCCUCUUUCUAGCUAACAGCCACGCUUUGGUUUUCCUGAAUCAAUCACAGAGUUUUAUUAGUCGGCUUUACUGCAGCUUUGAUAUGAUUUGGUAUUGGUGAGCUACACGUGACUUAUCCUUUCAUGGGUGAAAAAAGUGGGUUUCUUGACCAUUCAUCGACGUUUGCAACAAAGUAGUCGCUCGCCCACGGUGUUCGAGUUGCCAAUUUUAACUUUUUCCUUUAGUUUUUUUCUUCAAGAGGGAACAAGAGCUACACGCACCAGACGUUCGGUGCUUAAGAAUUACUCUUAAAAAUAUUUUGUUCUACAUAUUAUUUUCCACUAUUUUUACUAUCACGGCGUUUAUCCGGUGCAACUCCAAAACGAAUUAAGUGUCAGCAUUUCAGGGAUGGAACAACCCCGUUAACUUAAUAACAAGAGCAAAGCUCUAUUUGUAAAGCAGAGCGGGCUCUUCCCGUGCCUGAGCAGUGUGAGCUGGAUAUCCCGCCACGGCGCUAUGGGUUGCGGGUUGAGGAAACUGGAAGACCCGGAGGACAGCAGCCCCGGGAAAAUAUACUCCACACUUAAAAGACCACAAGUGGAGACAAAAACGGACACCGUUUACGAGUAUGUGCUACUGGACUUCAGUUUGGAAGGUAGUGGUCCGACGGUCCAGUAUGUGUCAUCACUAUGUCAGCUGCCCCAGGCCGUGCAGCCUUACUACACCCAGGGCUACAUCCUCACCAGCCUGCAUCCCAUCAUCCUCUCUGUCGGACGCACGCGCUCCCUGCCUUUCAGCCUGCUCUACCGAGCCAUCCUGGCACGUCCGCGUCCCAGUAAGCAGGCGGUGUCCAUGUGUCACAGUGUCCCGGUGCUCAGGGCUGAAGAGUGGCCCAUCCCAGGGGAGUCCCUGACGGGCGACACUGUCAGAGCCCUCAUCGACAGGGUGAACAGCAGUGCCCGGGGCGGCGUGAGGUUUGUGGGCUCGGUGCUCCAGCAGGCUGGAGGAGUGGGCAGUAAUGGCAGGCUGCCCAGCCCCAAGAGGGGCUGUCGAUCCCCCCCACGCACGCCUCCGUGUACCCCUCCUGGAGAUGAAGGAGAUCUGGAGGAUCACAGUCCUACUUACAGCCCUGACCUGAGAUUGCUGGUGUUCUUCCACUCGUGGGCACCAGGUUGUGCUCCACUGGACGCUCUGGCCUGUCAGUACCACCAGGGGGCACUGUCCAUGCGCGUAUCCAGGAAAGGUCAGGUGGUCAGCGCGCUGGAGGCAGAUUGGCUGGAGCUGACUGCAGCCUACUACCGCAAAGGCUGGUCGCUGGUGGAUUCGUUCGUGUACUGGGACACCCCGAAAGGUGAGCCCGUGCCCAGAUCCCUAGAAGGCCUGUUUGUCUAUGAGGAGAGAAGCACCACCCCUCCUGCCAACGACACCAUCGUUGUGGAGCAGUGGACUGUCAUAGAGGGUUCUGAUGUGAAGACUGACUACGGCCCGCUCCUUCACACACUGGCUGAGUUCGGCUGGCUGCUCACCUGUGUCCUUCCCACACCCAUCAUCCGUCACGACAGUGAUGGCAACCUGGCCACCAAGCAGGUAGUGUUCCUACAGAGACCAGUCAAGACCUCGUCCGUACCACAGAGGGACCAGGCUGGGGUCACCCAGAGGGGUAUGUCCGCUCGCUCUGUCAGUCGAGGAGUGGCCGGGCUCCUAACUCCCCCAACAGAGGAGCUGUCCCCCACCGCUGGGGGUAUUGGGGGUUUCCCUGUCUUCGGAGGGGGGUACCCCAGCGCCCUGUCGCACCUGGAGGAGGGAGGUUUUGAGCAGGAAGACGGUGCAGCAGAGGUCACCUGUAUGUGACCCCUAAAACGGACAAACUGAUGACCCCCCCCCCCGUACCUCUAAUCUUCCCUAACAAAGACCACCAUAGAUUAGAAAGCAAAACUUGGCACUUUUCAUUAUUUAGCUUUUUUAAUAUCAAGCCAUACCUACCAUUUGUUUUUGUUUUUUAAACACGUUUUCCAUUUUCUUUGGGAAAACCCAGCUGUCUGCACAGAGACACUUUUCUUCUUACUGUACCCACAGGUUUUCACACAACGAGCAGCCCCGAAUCACAAAGAUCACGCGGAACCUUUUUCAUAUGAUUAAAACACACGCGGCGAGCACAGGAACCAUCACGUGGACUGAAGUCCCUCCCACCCACAGCACACCUGUUGGAUAGACGUGCCCCAGGGUUUUUUUCUUGGGUCACUUCUCACAUUUCCUGAACACCGUUCUCGUUCCGGGAAACAUUCUCAACCUCCCUCCCUUGUAGACCUGCCUGCACCGCACUUCCAAGUCAAAGAGAUUCGACUUCUCCCCUCUGCUUGUCAUCCCAAGUGACAUCACACCUGCUCUGGUUCAAGGUGUGAUGUGUGACACCGCUUCAUCCUGUCACCAGCUCUCGACCUGUAUAUACACCCGGUAGAACUGAAACACAAGGUGGACAUACAGACCCGCUUGCUGUGUAGCUGGUACUGAUAAUAUCCAGGCCUGGCAGUUGGACCAUAACCAUACUACAACCAACCCCCCCCCCCCUCUGUCUCUGAUGGUUAUUAACUAGGGCUUUUUACAGUUCAGGCCAGAAGAAGCUUGUUUGUACAAUACUGAUAUGGGUGAGGUCAGAUGUUUUUGAACAUGUGCAGGACUCCCAAGGAGCAGGGUUGCCAUGGUUAAGGGAGAAAGAAUAGACUGUGUUGUGAAGCGUUUUGAAAUCUACACUAGAUUGGAGCUAUAUUGUAUUCAGACAGUGUGAGCGGUGCUAAAGUCGACUGUUUCCUAAUCUGUUCCUCAUGUUCCUAUUAGUGUGUAUUUUUUUAUGUUUUUAUAAGAUCACCUAUUCUAUUCCUGCAACCCUUUGGUCGUUGGAAAUGGUUGGUAGUUAUUUGAUCAUAGCCAUAUGGUAGUGGUAAUUCUGCCUGAGUUGUUUCAUUGUGCUAAGUGCUGAAGGAAUGAUUCCUCAGUUCCUCAGACAAAAGCCCUAUUGUGUUUCCUCCAGGGAUGACUAAGACGUUGGUUUUAAAUGCUAAGAUGGCAAUAACUAAGUGUUAUGAGAACAAUGCUGCUGUAUAUAUCCUACAUGUUAACAGUAGUGCCAGAGCUUUUUAUAUCCUCAGAAUAAAGGUUAUAUGCCCGUGUUUUGGGGAUGGCGACUCAAAUUAGUAUUAUUUACCCAUUGCAGUGUUUUUAUUUUGGAGAAAGUGAAAUGUUUUCUUGUUUUUGUCAUUGGUGAAAUAUCAUUAAAAUCCUAUUUCGCUGUGUUCCUC